GAGUAGUUGACUCGGGGGAGGAGGCGGCUGCAGCGCGGCAGCGGGGGUGCGGCCGGGGCCGGGGCCGGGGCCCUGCCCGGGCCCGGCGAGCGGGGUCGGAGGGGGCGAGCCAGCGGGGCCAGAGGACUAGCGGGGGCUGCUGCCAGGACCCGGGCGCGCCAUUGUUGGGGGAGGGGGCGCCUGCCCAGGGCGGCGGCGGCGGCGGCGUCGGGGCAACUGUGCAGCCCACGGCGGCGAGGAGCGGUGGUGGCGCCCCAUGGGGAACACUCUGUCCUGUUGCGUGUCCCCCAAUGCCAGCCCCAAGCUGGGCCGGCGCCGGGGGUCCGCGGCGCCCGACGACGCGGCAGACACCUACGGGGCGGCCCCCGGGAACGCGGCGGCGGUAGCGCGGGAGCCGGCGACCGGCGCCGGGAACGCGGUGGCGGCCGCGGCGGCAGCGCCCGAGCCGGCUGCGGCGGCCGCCGGGGACGCCGUGGUGGUGGCGCCGGAGGCGGCGGCCGUGGAUCCCGGCGAGCUGGAUUUGGGAGCGGGCGAGGGCCACCACCUGCAGCACAUCAGCGACCGGGAGAUGCCCGAAGACUUAGCUUUGGAAUCAAACCCUUCUGAUCACCCUAGGGCAAGCACAAUCUUCCUCAGCAAAUCACAGACCGAUGUGCGAGAAAAGCGGAAGAGCAACCAUUUAAACCAUGUAUCUCCAGGGCAGCUAACUAAAAAGUAUAGCUCAUGCUCAACAAUAUUUCUAGAUGACAGCACAGUCAGCCAGCCUAAUCUUAGAACCACAAUAAAAUGUGUGACCUUAGCAAUAUAUUACCACAUAAAGAACAGAGAUGCAAAUAGAUCCUUGGAUAUUUUUGAUGAGAGAUCACAUCCACUCACACAAGAAAAGGUUCCAGAGGAAUACUUUAAGCAUGACCCUGAGCACAAAUUUAUUUACAGAUUUGUUCGUACUCUUUUUAGUGCUGCACAGCUAACCGCUGAAUGUGCAAUAGUGACUUUGGUUUACUUAGAAAGGCUUUUAACGUAUGCGGAGAUUGACAUUUGUCCCACUAACUGGAAAAGAAUAGUUUUGGGAGCCAUUCUUCUUGCCUCCAAAGUUUGGGAUGAUCAGGCUGUCUGGAACGUGGACUACUGCCAAAUCCUCAAGGACAUUACAGUUGAAGACAUGAAUGAGAUGGAAAGGCAUUUUUUGGAGCUACUUCAAUUUAAUAUCAAUGUUCCUGCCAGUGUUUAUGCCAAAUACUACUUUGACCUUCGUUCUUUGGGAGAUGACAACAACCUGAACUUUCUCUUUGCUCCUCUUAGCAAAGAAAGAGCACAGAAUCUCGAGGCCAUUUCCAGAUUAUGUGAAAACAAAGACUUAUGUAGAGCUGCUAUGAGAAGAUCUUUCAGUGCUGAUAAUUUCAUUGGGAUUCAGCGCUCUAAUGCCAUCCUCUCUUAAGGGAGAAAUACGAUGGGUCAUAACAUCAAGAACCCCUCAUCUCCAAGGACUGGAGAAUAUCACUUCUCCUGCUCAAAAACCAGCAAUGUUAGUUUUUUCACGUAAAAGAAAGACUUCGAACUCAAGAGACCUAAUGUUGUCCUCUCUUAAAGGAGAAAUAUAAGGGUUUGUAACAUGGUCCUUCAUCUGCAAGGACUGGAGAAUAUCACUUCUCCUCUAAAACCAGCAAUGUUAUUUUCUUCUAAAGGAAAGACCAAGAGACGGACAGCAUGGAUUAUGCUCGUAGGAAAGACUGGAACCUUAUCAAUGCAACACACACUCUUCUGUCCUUUUAAUGUAAGCGGUUACAAAAGCCACUCCAAAGCAAAAGCUCCUAAUCCGCAGUUAUUUGCUUACUAUGUAGGCUGAUAACUGUAAAACUAUGUGAGGUUUUUUUAAUAAAUAGCUUAAAUUUUUAGAUUUUAAAGACAAUAUAUAACUUUUUUUUCCCUAGUGUCUUGCUCCUUCCUCAAUAUUGCUGCAUAUGUUCUUAAAAUCAAUGCAGUAUUAUCAAGACAUGAAACUCUAAUGACUAAAGCCACUGGGGAACAGACUGUAGCACUGACAGGUAUUGAAGGGGUCAUCCUGCCAAGAUUAUCAUUGAGCCUCAUAGUUUGGUCCUUACUGGCAAUCAGCCUACCACAAAGCUGCUGAAUCUCACUUGGCCAUCACACUUUUUUGCAGCACACUCACUAGCUUAGUAAUGUAUUUGGAAUUAUAAACGGAAAGUUUCAAUUUGUUGUCUACUUCUGUUGGGGCCAUGCUGAAUUUCUUUUUUAUUUUUGCAGUGCCAGAAUUGAACCCAGGUCUUACAUAAGAGGGUGCGCAUGCACUUCACCUUUGAGCCACAUCCUCAACCCGUGCUGAAAUUUCUUAAGAUUUUGUAGUUUAAAUUCAUAGAAUUUAAAGACACUAAUAACGAUGAUUGUUUUUCCUAGUUUUCUCUCCCCUCCUCGCCUUAUUGCUGCCUAUGCCUUUAGAAUCACUGCACUAUUACCCUCAAAUCCUGGGAUUCUUUACAGCUCUUAAUACUAGUAUGUAGGAACUGACAGUCUAGCAUUAUUGUUGAAGGAUUUUUCAGCAUACCCUGUCACUGAAGCUGCUAGUCACUACUGGCAAUAUUUAUUUUUUAAAUCAAAUAUAUCUUUACUUCCUUUUUGACUAUUUGCUUUAUUGAAUCAAGGGUUUCUAAAAGGGUGAAUCCUAUAAUCUUUCAUUGAUAUGCACAUAGUUUGGUGGAGGUGACUGGUUCCAUAUUUAAACACAGCAAAGUUUUUCCAGCAGUUAUAACAGGGACUAACGAACCUUUCCUCUAAAGGGCUGAAUAGUAAAUAUUGCAGCUUUAUGGAUGAUACGCCCUCGGCUGCAACUUCUUCACUCCACCACUGCAGCCAGAGAUUAGUCACCGGUAGUGUGUCAACUGAUGGGUGUGUUGUGUUUCCAUGAAUAUUUACUUAAAAAUUAGGAAGCAGUCUGGAUUGGUCCAUGGGCUAUAGUUUCUGACCUCUGCGUUAAAGAUUCUUUUUACAGCUAUGACCUUAACUCACUUCCCAGAAUUUUAUGGGAAGGUGUGUAUAUAAUUUUUAUUAUGAAAUAGUUGUAUAUAUUGUAGUCAAGACAUCUAUCCAGAUAGCCAUGUUUGGCUUAAUUUUCUUGGCGAUCAUUUUAAGCCAAAAAGCUGCUGAGUAACACAUUUCAGAUUCUUUGUAAGUAGUAUUUAAUUAGCAUAUCAGCAUGUUUGGGAUCACAAAGUGUUAGUUUCUGAUGAUCUACUUCUAUUGGGUCUAUGCUGCCAGUUUUCUUGAAAACUAUAACGGUGCUUCUCGUUUUCUGGUGAUUUUUCUGGCGUUUUCUGGUGUUUAUAUUUAAAAAGAAAGAAAUUAAUAGGCAUACUGUUCAAAUCGGAAUGUAAGUUCACGAUUUCCAGCAGUUGGAAAGAAAAUGAAAGAACAGGAAUUAGAAUUGUGAUUGCAGUAAAGAGGUAGAUUUUUUAAAUGAUAUGUGAAUUUAAUAGGUUAUUCUAAUAUUAAUGUGUUAUUUGACUUUACAAGAAAUUAAAUACUUAGAUCUUUAAUUUCUUGACCCUUACCAUACACAAUGCAUAUCCACAAGGGGACCAUUUUAAAACGUAUUUUCCAGCUUAAUAUUUUGGUUAGAACUAAAUCAAAUUUCUGGAAGGUUCCUUUAAGACUAAGAUCUGAAUCAGGGCUGGAGCUAUAGUACAGCAGAUAGGGUGUUUGCCUUGCACAUGGCUGGCCCAGGUUCAAUUCCCAGCACCCCAUAAGGUCCCCUGAGCACUGCCAGAAGUAAUUCCUGAGUGCAGAGCCCGAAGUAACACCUAAGCAUUGCUGGGUGUGGCCGAAAAUAACAAAACAGCUAAGGUUCUAGUCACUGACCUUGAGCAAUAUUCAGUAAAUUCCCACAGUAUUGAUAUAUUUUAAUGCACUUUGUUUCACACUCUUUGUAAAGUGUAGUAAGAGAAUGCUAACCAAUGUUGUGGUGAUCCAGUGGUGACAAGCAGGUGGUGAAAUAUAGGGAUCCCCAAAAGUGUGCUGCAGUUUUUAAACUUUAAUAUAGUAUAUUCAUGAUGGCCCUUCAGAACGCUGCUGCAGAGUAUAAAUGCCACAAAUUUAGAACAUGUUUCAAAAUUUAAAUUUCUUUUAAACUUAAUAUUGGACUGGAGAGAGAGUUCAGUGGGAAGAACACAUGCUUUAUCUGUGAGAGGCUGAGGUUUGAUCCUUGGGACUGCAUUGGUCUCCUGAACAAGUGCAAAAAGUAAUCCCUGAAAACCUCCAAGUAUGGCCCCCCCCAAAAAAAAUCAGUAUUUUAUGUUUGGAAUACCAAGGCUUUAAUUUUUGUUUCAGCCCCUCUUUGAACAUGGCAAAUAUUGACUAAAAUAAAAAUUUAAAUCAGUAUUUUAAGCUUAUGAAAAGUAACUUUAAAAGAAAUAUUCAAAGAAUGAUUUUCAUGUUUUUAGGCACUAAGACUAGGGAUUUAUUAUAGAUUCACAGUUUCAAUAGCUUCUUUAAAAAAAAAUAGUUCUUUGUUUACCUACGUGAAUCACCAUGUAUUUUUCUAAACUUGGUAAAGGAAGAUUCUGAGUCAGCGAAAUUUGUUCAAUUAUAAUAAAGUGAAAGGAAACAGGACCAUAAUGGUGAUCGGAAAGUAGGUGACAUGAAAUGCUUUUCUGUUCUACCUGGUGCCCCAUCUCUAAUUCUGCCUUUUGUGAUGAAUCAUAUGAACCAGAGUAACCCUUACCUCCAGCUUUAAAGUGCAAGGAGAUUGGUGACAAUAUCCAGUUCAACUUGAAAUUUUACAAAAAGAUCAGUGACAAAAAAAUUAUUUAAAAAUUUUUAAAUGAAAGAUCAGUGUUCUCCACUAUGGGAAAUUCAAAGCCUAGAUAUUCUGCCUGGAAAGAGAGUAUCACUGGGCCAGGAAUACUUUUUCUCUCCGUGUAGGAAGGCUUCAGAUUAAGUGCUACAGGUUCUGUCGUUCUGAAAAGACAUGAUAAAUAAUGGUUAUAAAAUAUUACAAUCUACCACCUCAAAAACAUUGUUUAUGGAGUUCAGAGCUUGGAGAUGAUUCCAGUAUUGAUUACAGUUUUACUUUGAAAUGAAUGCUAUGACUUAAGUGGGUUUUUUUUUCCUUAUGUUUAUAUUAAAAGAAAAACUAAUAAACUCUAUUUUAAUUAC